CUUCGAGUUCUUCCAGAGGUGCUUCUCGUCAGGAAAAGCUACGCCGCCAUGAAUGCCUCCAAGCUUUCGAAGAAGCGCAAGGCUGUUACCAGAGAUGUCGAGGAGGAGGCAGGUGUCUUCUCCGGAGACGAAUUGAACGUCGGCGACAUCAACGGCGCGCUUUCCGACAACGCCAACGAGCUGUCGAGUGACGAGGAGGACUCGGAAAUCGAAUUGAUUGACGACUUCAGUGAUGACGAGGACGAGGAUGAGGAGGAGGAACUAGACAGCGACGAGAUUCCCUCGGAUGGAGAGGAGCCUUUGAAGAAGAAGGCCGGCAAACCCGUCGCCGACCUGGAAGUACCUACGAACGACGAAAGCUCGAGCGAGGAGGAGGCAGAAGUGAACUUCCGUAUCGAAAAGGAUGCCAAUGGCAACGAUCGUUAUAUCUACGACGAGAUUAACCCGGACGACAAUUCCGACUACUCUGACAUCGACGAGAACGCCAACACAAUCGGUAACAUCCCGUUGACUUUCUACGAUAAGUAUCCCCAUAUUGGCUACGAUAUCAAUGGAAAGAAGAUCCUGCGUCCCGCCAAGGGCGAGGCCCUGGAUGCCUUGCUGGACAGCAUUGAGAUCCCCAAGGGUUUCACCGGUCUGACCGAUCCCUCGACCGGAAAGCCUCUGGAGCUGAGCCAGGAUGAACUCGAACUGUUGCGCAAGGUGCAGAUGAACGAAAUCCCCGCGGAGGGCUACGACCCGUACGAGCCCUUGAUGGAAUGGUUCAGUAACAAGCAGGAAAUCAUGCCCCUCAGUGCUGCCCCGGAACCCAAGCGUCGAUUCGUUCCGUCCAAGCACGAAGCCAAGCGGGUCAUGAAGAUCGUGAAGGCGAUCCGGGAAGGUCGCAUUCUGCCUUACAAGCCCCCGUCGGAGGAGAAGGAGGAGAGCCUCGAUCUUGUCAGCUUUGACCUGUGGGCCGACGAGGCCGAGCGGCCUGAUCACCCCAUGCACAUUCCUGCCCCCAAACUCCCUCCCCCCGGCUACGAGGAGAGUUACCACCCGCCUCCGGAAUAUCUGCCCAGCAACAAGGAGCGGAAGACUUGGGAGGAAGCCGACCCAGAGGACCGGGAGCAAGAGUAUCUUCCUACCGACUUUGGCUCUCUCCGCAAGGUUCCUGGUUACGGCGAAUUUGUCAAGGAGAAGUUCGAACGUUGCUUGGAUCUUUACUUGGCCCCUAGAGUUCGCCGGAGCAAGCUGAACAUCGACCCUGAGAGUCUCCUUCCCAAGCUGCCUAGCCCCGAGGAACUGAAGCCGUUCCCGUCUGUCUGCGCGACGGUGUUCCGGGGACACAAGGGCCGUGUUCGUUCUCUUAAUGUUGAUCCCACUGGCGUGUGGCUUGCGACUGGUGGCGACGACGGUACGGUUCGCGUGUGGGAAUUGCUCACUGGUCGCCAGUUGUAUAGCGUCAAGGUCAGUGACGAGGAUCCUGUGAACGUCGUCCGCUGGAGGCCUGGCAAGGACGCUGUCGUCCUGGCUGCCGCUGCGGGUGAUGAUCUCUUCCUCAUCGUGCCCCCGAUUCUCGACCCCGAGCUUGAGCAAGCCAGCUUGGAACUCAUGGAUGCCGGCUGGGGAUACGCCGCCUCGAAACCUGCCCCCAAGGCCUCGGAAGAGAAGAAGACCACUCCUCCCCAGUGGGCGCGGCCGUCGUCUGCCCUCGCCGACUCCGGCGUGUGCGCCGUCAUUCCCCUUCGCUAUGUGGCCAAGUCUAUCUCGUGGCAUCGCCGCGGUGACUACUUUGUCACGGUCUGCCCGGGCUCUUCUACCCCGGCUUCCAUGGCCAUUGCGAUCCACACCGUGUCCAAGCACUUGACCCAGUACCCCUUCAGCCGGCGUAUCAAGGGAGGUGGCCCGCCUCAGACUGCGCACUUCCACCCCUCCAAGCCCAUCCUCUUCGUCGCCAACCAACGCACCGUUCGUGCCUACGAUCUCUCGCGCCAACUCCUCGUCAAGAUCGUCCAGCCCGGUGCCCGCUGGAUCUCUUCCUUCGACAUCCACCCGACGUCCUCCACCGCCUCGGGUGGCGACAACCUCAUUGUUGGAUCCUACGACCGUCGUCUGUUGUGGCACGAUCUGGAGCUUUCCCAGCGCCCCUACAAGACCCUUCGUUACCACCGCAAGGCUAUCCGUGCGGUCAAGUUCCACCCCAGCGGCCGCUACCCUCUGUUCGCGGACGCCAGUGACGAUGGCUCUCUCCAGAUCUUCCACGGCAGCGUCACGGGUGACAUGCUCAGCAACGCCAGCAUCGUCCCCCUCAAGGUCCUCAAGGGCCACAAGAUCACCGGCGAGCUGGGCGUGUUGGACCUGGACUGGCACCCGCGCGAAGCCUGGUGUGUCAGUGCCGGCGCCGACGGAACCUGCCGGUUAUGGAUGUAAAUUACACCGUCGACUUGCAAGCGUAUAUGAAUCCGUCGUCCCUGUUCUCACAGCCGUCCUUGUAUCCUGGUCCAUCUACAUGGGAGGCGUUUUGGUGUGCAUCUGUUAGAGUUUCUGAUAUCCAUCCAUACAAAAGUUCAUUCUCAACUUCACAUCCCAGUAGAUCCCAAACCUACCACAGUCUACACUAGUCAUUUGACCAUAUGUUUAAAGAAGCCCCGUUCCCAUCCACAUGAAUGUAUCAUAUCAUUAAUCAGCCCCCAAAAGAAACAA